CACUAGGUGUCGCCGGUUUUCAGUCUAGCCGCUCUGUUCAGUACUACCAUAGAGCUCACACGCAGUGAGUCCUCCAGAGCUACCGAUGUCGCUGUCAAAGUGACGUAGCAGUGCGCGCCGGAAGUGAACCUUCUGGGACCGAGAACACCAUAGAGACGGGAGGAGCCGCCCGGAGUGACCCGAAAGCAUAGAGACCCCUGGCGUGGCCCGGCAUCCGAGAGAGACCCCUGGAAGUAAAUAGCAAGGGGAGUGAUCCCUCAACUGGCACACACCCCUCGAUCUCCCGGAAGUGACCCCAGGGACAGCUGAGAGGACAGGCACCCCCAGAGUGACCCGUGUGCCCACACAGCCCCACAGAGAGCUAACCCGGGCAGAACAGCCAGUGUGCCCCCAGAGAGCCCGGCAGAGGGCGGGACCCUGUGUCUGGAGCUCUGUAGGUCAGUGCCGACAGCCAAUGCUUGGUUUCCGCAUUUAUCGCUUUAUAUUCACUUACUGACAGCCAGAGUCCCAUGUACUAACAGCCACACCGCUGGCCGACAGCUUCUUCCACGUAUUGCCAUUAUUAUCAUCAUUACCUUUACUGAUACCAUUCUGUGAAUAUGUAUAUAUCUAUAUCAUUAACAUAUAACAAAUAUCUAUGUUUAUGGCACCCCAGUCACCCCCUGUAUAUAUCUAUAUACACACUGUUUAUGGCACCCCACUCACCCCCUGUAUAUAUCCAUAUACACACUGUUUAUGGCACCCCAUUCCCCCCCUGUAUAUAUCCAUAUACACACUGUUUAUGGCACCCCAUUCCCCCCCUGUAUAUAUCUAUAUACACACUGUUUAUGGCACCCCACUCACCCCCUGUAUAUAUCUAUAUACACACUGCUUAUGGCACCCCACUCACCCCCUGUAUAUAUCUACAUACACACUGCUUAUGGCACCCCACUCACCCCCUGUAUAUAUCUACAUACACACUGUUUAUGGCACCCCACUCACCCCCUGUAUAUAUCUACAUACACACUGUUUAUGGCACCCCACUCACCCCCUGUAUAUAUCUAUAUACACACUGUUUAUGGCACCCCACUCACCCCCUGUAAAUAUCUAUAUACACACUGUUUAUGGCACCCCACUCACCCCCUGUAUAUAUCUAUAUACACACUAUUUAUGACACCCUACUCACCCUCUCCUCUUCUCUAACAACAUCAGUUGUUUUAAGUGUUAAACUCUUAAAUUGAUCAGCAUUGCUUCACACCUUAGGGACUAUUGAAAGCUUGUCUUUUAAAUAUUAUGUUAGUCCAACAAAAAAGGUAUUGUUGGAUACUGAAAUACUCUGGUAUUUUGGCAUCUCAUAUAUAUAUAUAUAUAUAUAUAUAUCUCCACAAAGAAAGGCACAUGCUGGGCUUUUUGAAGAAAAUGAUUAGUCUUUAUUCAUAACACACGUGUUUCAGUCCAUCAUAGGACUUACAUCCUGAUGAAAGUCCUAUGAUGGACUGAAAUGUCAAUUGGCUGUAACCCGUGUGUUAUGAAUAAAGACGAAUAAUUUUCUUCAAAAAGCCCAGCAUGUGCUUUUCUUCGUGUAGAUUUAUGUUGGUUUAGCUGAAAGAGCACCAUGGCACUUUUACUACAAAUGUGAGUGAAGAAUCGUGAAUAUAUUCUUUUACAUCUUUUUACACGCAUAUUGUGUGUGUAACUUUUACGAGCAUAUGCAUAUUUGAUCAAUCUAUGUAAUGGCUCAUUAAUAAAUGCUGUCAAUGUAUGCUGUAACUUUUUACUAGUGGAACACAUUUUGUACCACUGUGCUAUAAGAAUAGAGGGACUAUACAUGGAUAUUGCCGAGCACACACAUACGCAGGAGGAUUUUGUUUUCUUUGCAAAUGAUGCUGUUUGCCUGGCCUCUGCAUCAUUUACAAUCAGUUGAACUCAACUUGUGCCCUAUCUAGUUUGUUUCAUCUCUAAUUAGCAGGCUCAAAGCACCAUAACCACUCUAGCCCACUUCUUGACUACUUGGUACUCUCCCAGUUUAGGACCUCUAUAGUGUUAGGAAUACAAAGUUGUUUUGAUAAACAAUAAAGUGUUUCCCUGGACCCUCCACCCCUUGCCAUGAAAGGGUUGCCUAACCCUUUCUUUUUUCUCUCAUGUUUAAAGUGCCGAUGUGCCUUAGUGCUAGCUUAGGGACACUGCGUCCAGACCACUUCAUUGAGAUAAAGUGGUCUGGGUGCCUCUAGUGUCCCUUUAAGUCAGAUAGGAGAGAAGAAAAAAGAUUUAAAUCUGCGGUUUUGCCAUGUCGUCAGUCUGUCUCUGAACCAGACAGUGCACUGUUGCCUUCUGUUUAUUAUAAGCCGCACAUUCAUUACUUUUAUAAUAACCACAGUGUCAUAGCAGCAUGUUAAUUAGAGAGAGCUACAGAGUAAUCUGAAGACAAUCUAGCUAGGAUGGACAAACCUAUUAGGAACCACAGGCAUCUCUAUGUUCCCCAACCUAUCUGUGUUAUUUUACAUCUCUGAGCUGUAGAAUAUUAUAUUAUUUUUGAUCUUCUUUUGGCACAUAAACUGUGAGCAAGUAAGAACUAUUAAAUCUAAACCAGGAUUGAACAAAAAGUAGUUUCCCAGUUUAAAUAACAUUCAUAAUGCUGGAACAGCUUUAAUGCUGACAGAGCAUUAUGUGAGUUGUAGUUCUACAGCAGCAAUAGCUACACUUUGGACACCUCUGAUUAUACUAACGUUUAUUUUUCCGAGUUGAUUUUCCUGGGAUUCAAAUUGAAUUUCAAAUGUUAGACUUCAAUACCUGAACUGAAAUCAUUUCUACUGUGGAGAAUGUUUGGAAAUUUGUCUUUGAGUAGACAAAUAUAUAUAUUUUUUAUAAAGCACCAACAUAUUUAGAGAAGUAAAUGACAAACAAGCGCAUACACUUGCACAAAAGAAGAAUGAGGAAAAUAUAUAUAUAUCUAAAGGUUGGGUUAACUGUCUGUGUAGAUACAAAAUGUGUUCAGGAUUAAGAUUUAGAGUAAAAAGGGGUGGCUCAUACACCCUCCCAGAUCAAAUUUUUCCUUUGGAAGCAGAUAAGAGUGACUAUACAGUUUUUAAAUUUUACAUAAUUAAAAAGGUUAAUUCGGUAUCGCAGUAACAGUUUUAGCUAUGGUAUGGGAGAAUUAUCAGACAGUUAAAUCUAUGAGCAUUUCAUCAUGUUUGUGAGAUUCAAAGGAACCGUCCAGGUUUUCUGUAGUGGUUAUGGUGCUAGGCAUGCCGUGGUAACCUCCUAUCAAAAGGAAUGAAACUGUUUUUGAAUGGUUUGAUUUAUUACCUGGGGUCUGAUAAGUGCUGCUCCCCGCCUAAACUACCAUCUCCAAAAAAGCCAGAAAAUCCUCAACAAUAAAUAUUAGCUCAUUGGCUGAGAACAUAAACUCAUGCAGAGCCUAGCUUGGAAGAGCUAACGUCACGUCCGGCUCUCAGGAGAUGGCAGUGGAGGCAAGGAGUGGAUCCUGGCAGACACCAGGUAAGAAGUUAAACCAUUCAAAAAUGGGUACGAGUGGGGGAAGGCAACACAACCUUGGCACCAUAAUCACUACUGUGAGCUGGAGUGUUCAUUUUAAGUGCUCGCAUUAAAAAAACAAGGGAAAGAAGUGAGACCUUCUGGCAACUACGGCCUCUUCACUGAUAUCACUAGACUGCCCCUCUACUUCAGCAAUCAACUUUGGAUGAAAUCUACAGACUGUGGAGUAUCAGCAAACCCUCCCAGCAAAUGCAUUCCACCCAAAGAGAGAUGGAAGUGCAUUUGCUAUUGCAGAUGUAGGAAGAUCUGAUUUAGUGAUAUCUGUGAAGAGGAACUUGUGGACUAGAGGAUCCUGGUAGACUUCUAGCACCUUUACCACUACGGUGUGCUGUAGUGUUUAUGGUGCUUAGAUUGCUAUUUUACGCCCUGAAGUCAGGGUAUUAAUGAGACACUUUGCUCUUUCUUGAGGCACACCAGUAUACUCUAGUUGAAAACCACUAUUAUGGACUACAGCUAUUGUGAUAUAGUGAUAUACACUGUAUGCAUUACUUUCUGGUUUUGGUCAUUUCUUUGGCACAAAGUAGAGAUUAGAUUGGUAUAAGUUGAUAUAUGUAAGUUGAUUGUAGUGUUAGUAGCAGUGACUGCUUCCCCUUUUAUUUUGUUUGCUAUUCUUCAUAGUUUUACAGUUGUUUAUGGAAUGUUAACUCUUAGAUCUUUUCCAGAUAGCAACUGCCCUAUAAACAAUGUCUUUAUAAAACAGUAUGUCUUGUGUUUUAAAACAGCUUUUUUUUUUGUAUAGGAGUCUAUGGGGAAAUACGAUACUCCCCAGUGACAAUCCCACUCAUCUAACAGAAUUAGUGGAACUUUUCAGUAACAUCAUUAAAGCCAUGCCGUGGUUACUGUUUGUUUUUGUCAGCCUGGUUCACAGUCUUGUGUAACAGGCUUUGUGUAGUGAUCUCCUGUCCUUGGCUCAGGCUCUCAAAAAAGUUGAAGGGAGGUGUUGGGGAAAAGAGAAGAUCGAAAAGAAGGAAGUAAAAUUUUGAUGUUUAAGAACUAGGGCGCUGCCAGUUAUAAACCACUCUGAGAGGGGAGGCAGAUUGCAGGGUACUCCAUGUACCGUAAUAUUUACAGUGAUGGGACUUGCAGGCCUAUAAUUCUUAGCAUCCCUUUAAUCAUUUCUAAUUUUGUCUUUAAUAAGAUUUUAUUGUGAUGAAAAAAGCAAAUAAGAGCGCAAUGAGCACAUAAAACAGAUCACAGUAGAAGUUUGUACAUAAAUCUUGUAAAGAUCUAACAAUGUAGCACUAAAUCAGUGGCCAUUCAAGAGAGCUACAUAUUCAAACAUUAGGUCAUUCUGAUUUUGCCAUCUAGGAAAAAGCUCAUCAUUACACAAUAAUAAUUUGGAAAAUAACAGAAAAUGGACACAAUACAAAAAAACCCCCACACAAACCAUAUCUAGUCAGAAAUGGGAAAUGUUUUCAAUAAGGAUAAAAACAAUACUAUGAUAUAUAUUUUUACGGAAACGUAUUAAAGUACUAUUUUGAUUUAUGGUAUCAUUGUCACUUUACUGUAUGGCAAUUCUCAGACAAAUGCCACUUUUUCCAUUUGAAUGUGGUUUCUAUAUCCUUUCUAACAUGCCUUCGUUUGAUGGCUGCUCACAUGGGUGAAAUCCAAACACUGUAGACAUUUCAAUGCAAGUAUAUUCAUGCUCACUUCUAAUGCUUGGAAUGAUGCAUGCCUCUGGUCUUACUUUCAUUUUACAGCUUGGCCAGUCACUGAGUUGGUGACACCAAUGGGUUAAGGGGACACUGACACUAGACCCAGACUACUUCAAUGAGAUGAAGUGGUCUGGAUGCCUAUAGUGUCCAUUUAAAAUUUGUGGUCAGUGAAGCAAAUCAUAAUAGGUACAUUCAAUGUACUCUGGCCAUACUAGAAUAGAUUAGACAUGGGAACUUUCUUUAUUGCUCUGCACCAGCUGUAAAAUUGUCUGCUAUGGGUUCUCUAGAAUCCACAGCCAGACCUUGCUAAUGGUUUGACAAAAUUAGAUGGACUGCAUCCCACAGUAAGCAGUGGUUUUUAUGGUGAUUAAUGUCCUUCUAAUAAAAUAUAAAUCACUGAGCAUAGAAUUAUUUUCCAAGUUGAAUAUCUCAUUAUUGUCCCUUACAAUUAACCUUUCUUAUAUUGUUCUGAACAAUAAGAUUCGUCUGUAGAGAACAUAAAGGUUUUAGGCUAACUUGCUUCUUUUAUUUAAAAAAAAUAAAAUAAAAUAAUAAAAAAAAAAAUACGGGCACAUUUCGUUUAAAGGACCACUAAAGGCAGCCAGACCACUUAAUUUCAAUGACAUGUUCUGUGUCCUUUGGUUAUAACCUGCAAUGUAAAACCUUGCAGUUUUGUAGAAACUGCAAUGUUUAAUUGCAUAGUUAAACACAUCUCUGAUUGCGGUCUUCCUGACACCUACUAAAGAUGCUUCCCUGUGAGAACUGAGUCAGAUUUGGUUCUCAAUCAAAUGCUGCUCCUAGAGAGAAUUUUAUUUAUGCAGCAUGGUGAUUUGUUGCGCAUGUGCACUAGCAUUAAAAUACUUCUACAUGGGGAAGCUUUGAUUUUCUGAAAUCAUCAAUCUUGAUGAUCUCAGCUGGAUAUGCACGGUGGCAGCUUGGGAACCGGAGCAGUGAUGGAUUAAAGAUUCGUAAAAAGACCCAAACAGUUAGGAGGAUACUAUAGCAUUAGCAAUACAUGCUUGUAUUCCUAAUGCUAUGGUAUUCCUUUAAAGUGCACCUGUGAUGCCCAUAUUACUUUUGCUCUUUUUAAAGAGCACAACAUUUCAUCUGUACAUUGUGCUAGCAAAUGUAUAGAUUGACAAAAACCUUUUAAAAAUAUAAAUAUAUUUUUCCUCCCACCUGUCAAGUCAGGGCAAAAAAAAAACUCGGAAGCAAAGUGAUUAAUGCCGGUGCAAAGAGUGCUACUGGGCUUUGUACUUAUAAAACGUUAUUCCUCCAUUAAAUGCCUAGGUAGCACUCUUUGCACUAUUAACCACUUUGAGCCUAAGGUUUUUCUUUUGCACUCAUUGUAACACAUUAACACUGUCUAAGGCAAAGAGUGUGUUAACUCUUUUGGUAGCAGUGGACUAAUAAUUUUAUUUUAGGUACUGUAGUGAACCUACUCACAGCAUGUGCUGUGGUUGCUAUGGUAACUCCCUAUCCAACCACUGGCUAGGGAGUAAAGGAACAGAGUGACUGAAGUCACUCCUUUCUGACGCUAUCAUGCUGGCAAUGAAGUGUAGACUGUGGGAGCUGUGAAGAUGGACCAAAGUUGGGUGUUACAAAAGUGUAACACCCACCUCUGUAAUGAGAUAGUGGUGGCAAGCUCCCUUUAAAGAACCACUAAAGUCAAAAGAAAAACUGCAGCUUAAUGUAGUGGUUCUGCUGAUUACAUAGAAAUAUGUAUUUCAGCUGUCUUAAGUAAAGACAAAUAAGUCUAUGGGGCCUGAUGGAAUACACCCAAAGUUAUUAAAAGAACUUGGUUGUGUACUAGCAAAACCAUUAACAGAUUUAUUUAAAGGACCACUCUAGACACCCAGACCACUUCAGCUUAAUGAAGUGGUCUGGGUGCCAGGUCCAGCUAGGGUUAACCCAUUUUUUCAUAAACAUAGCAGUUUCAGAGAAACUGCUAUGUUUAUGAAUGGGUUAAGCCUUCCCCUAUUUCCUCUAGUGGCUGUCUCAUUGACAGCCGCUAGAGGCGCUUGCGUGCUUCUCACUGUGAUUUUCACAGUGAGAGCACGCCAGCGUCCAUAGGAAAGCAUUAUGAAUGCUUUCCUAUGUGACUGGCUGAAUGCGCGUGCGCAUUCAGCCGACGGGGAGGAGGAGAGCUCCCCGCCCAACGCUGGAAAAAGGUAAGUUUAAACCCCUUCCAGAGCCGGGCAGGAGGGGGACCCUGAGGGUGGGGGCACCCUCAGGGCACUAUAGUGCCAGGAAAACGAAUGUUUGCCUGGCACUAUAGUGGUCCUUUAAUCAAUCAUUGCUAACAGGAGUAGUCCCCGAAGAUUGGAAAUUACACAAUAUUGUACCCAUUCAAAAGAAAGGUAGUACGGAGGAGUCAGGUAACUAUAGGCCAAUAAGUCUUACUUCAGUAACGGGGAAAGUAAUGGAAGCCAUAUUAAAGGAUAGAAUUGUUGAACAUUUAAAUGACAUGGAUUUCAAAAUCAGAGACAACAUGAGUUUACUUCAGGGAGAUAAUGCCAAACUAAUCUUAUUGAUUUUCUUUUUUUUUUUUAAUUGUAACUAAUAGAUCAGUGUGGUGCAGUAGACAUUGCUUACCUAGAUUUCUGUAAGGCUUAUCACUAAACUGCAAUCUUUGAGUUUGGGUUCCAAUAUUGUUGAAUCGGUUAGGCAGUGGCUGAGCGACAGGCAACGGAGUGUUGUAGUCAAUGGAGUAUAUUCGAAGCAAGGUCUUAUUACCAAUGUGGUACCUCAGGGAUCUGUACUUGGACACAUUCUCUUCAAUAUUUUUAUUAGUGAUAUUGCAGAAGGUCUUGAUGGUAAAGUAUAUAUUUUUUGCUGUUAAUACUACGAUAUGUAACAGGGUUGAUUUUCCAGGUAGGAAUUGCUAAAUGGCAACUGAUUUAGGUAAACUAGAUGUGGAUAAGUGCAAGAUAGUGCAUCUUGGGUAUAAAAACCCAUGGGCAGAGUAUAAAAUAAUUGAUACCUUCCUAACCUCAACAUCUGAGGAAAGGGAUUUAGGGGUAAUUAUUUCAGAUGACUUAAAGGUAGGUAGACAAUGUAAUAGAGCAGCAGGAAAUGCUAGCAUAAUGCUUGGUUAUAUAGGGAGAGGUAUUAGCAGUAGAAAGAGGGAAGUGCUCAUGCCAUUGUACAGAACACUGGUGAGACCUCACUUGGAGUAUUGUACACAGUAUUGGAGACCGUAUCUCCAGAAGGAUAUUGAUAUUUUAGAGAGAGUUCAUUGAUGGGUUACUAAACUGGUUCAUGGAUUGCAGGAUACAACUUACAAGGAAAGGUUAAAGGAUCUUAACAUGUAUAGCUUGGAGGAAAGACGAGACAGGGGGGAUGUGAUAGAAACAUUUAAAUACAUAAAGGGAAUCAACACUGUAAACGAGGAGACUAUAUUUAAAAGAAGAAAAACUACCACAACACGAGGACAUAGUCCUAAAUUAGAGGGGCAAAGGUUUAAAAAAUAUCAGAAAGUAUUACUUUACUGAGAGGGUAUGCAUGGAAUAGCCUUCUAGCUUUAGUGGUAGAGGUUAACACAGUGAAUGAGUUUAAGCAUGUGUGGAAUAGGCAUAAUGCUAUCCUUGCUAUACGAUAAGGCCAGGGACUAAUGAAAGUAUUUAGAAAAUUGGACAGACUAGAUGGGCCGAAUGGUUCUGAUCUGCUGUCACAUUCUAUGUAUUCUAUAGCGGCAUGUGCUCCAGGCUUUUUAAUGUAAACACUGCCUUUUCAGUAAAAAAUCAGUGUUUACAUUACUGCCUAGGAACACCUCUAGUGGCUGUCACUCAGACGGCCACUAGAGGUCCUUUCUAGUCCAGUGAUGCACAGUCCGCAACAUUGAUGUUCAGAGUCUCCACGCUCUGCAUGGAGGCGCUGGACAUUCACCAUAGAGAUGCAUUGAUUCAGUGCAUUUCUAUGAGGAGAUGCUGAUUGGCACAGUGUUUUGUCAUGCAUGCACAAUAACCUCCUAAUGCUUUCCUAUAGGAAAGCAUUGGAUUGGCAUCAUUAUCAAGAUUGAGCUAGGCAAGGCCAGCCGCUGCGAGACCGGUACAGCAUGGGAAAAAAGGCGAGUAAAAUCCCAAGGGAGGCAAGGGAGCCCUGGGACUUAAACAGUUAUUUUUACCACCCUUUUUCCCUUUUAAGGGUCAGUUCAUCUCAAGUGUUCCAAUGAUUGUAAAGUUGGUUGCUUGACCAUUUUUCAUUUUUAUUUAUUAUUAUUUGGAGCAUUUAACUAUGUAUUGGUGCUGCCACGUUUUAUUUUUUAAAAUUGGAUUUAAGCUUGGCUGCUAUCUGUGUUUCAUUGAGCACAACAAAUUGUGGUUAUACAGAGGUUUAUGGAAAAUGCAAUGUCAUAGCUCAGAAUAGUCUUAGCUCCUUGGACAAAAAAAAACAACUGAUCUCUAGAUGUACAUAUAUAAACACUUUACAGGUAUAAUGAUGUUUUAUUGAAUUUACAUGUAUUCACUAUUUUCAAUGAUUGCAAACUGUGUGGGUCCCAAGGCAACAAAAAAGUUCCACAACCUUGUUUUGUAGUGGUGGAAACGAAGCCAUUAAUAGAGUAAUUCACUAAAGUGUGAAUUUUCAAGAAUAGAAUUUAAGGUUUUAGGCAAAAUUGGAAAAAAUGCAAUUUUGUUGCUUGUGUCUAAAAUGUGAAGUUCGCUUUGAAUUCCUAAUAAUUCACACUUUAGUCAAUAACCCCGUAGUUUGAAAAGUUUUUAGUUUGCUCCAAAUAUUUCUCAUGUAUGCUUGAAAAUUACAAUAUUAUCUCAUCUUUUACCAAUAUGUUCACCUAGACAUCUGGAGCAUCCAUUUGGCAUUUAGCAAACCUGAGACAGAUGUCCAUGUCUUUUUGAGGGAAACAUUCCUUAGUAGGUGUGUUUUUUUUUUUUUUUUUUUAACUCUUUCUAACCCCAUUUGCAUCAACUACUGUUUUUAAAGUUGCUUGAUACAAUCUAUAAUUUCCUCUGGUAAUGGGUUCAUUUCAACAGCUUAUCUCAUGAAAGUCAAAGUAAGAUGGGGCAAUCGUAAUGCCUAUUUUUACAUAGUUAUAUAGUUGCAUAGCUGAAAAGAGACUUGUGCCCAUUGAGUUCAGUUUUUCUCACGUUUUUGCUGUUAACCCAAAAGAAGGCAAAAAAAUGUUUGAAACGCUUACAAUUUUACAACAAACUAGGAAAAAAUUCAUUAUUGGCAGUCAGAUAUCUCCUUGGAUCAAUACGCUAUUACCCCACUAAUUAGAAAUUAUAUUACUGUAUGUUAUGUUUUUGCAAUUGCUUUAUCCAAUUGCUGUUUAAACAUCUGUGUGGACUGUUUAAAACAAAUUCUUUGCCUUAGACUAAAUUUCCUUUCUUCCAGCCUAAAUGUGUUACCUCGUGUCCUAUGUAUAGCUCUGUUUAUGAAUAGAUUUCCAAACAAUAGUUUGUACUGGACCCAGAUAUAUUUGUAUGAUAUUAUCAUAUCCCAUCUGAGGCGCCAUUUUUCCGAAUGAACGAGAUUUAACAUUUUUUUUACAACUCUCAUCUCAAUGCCAUCUCAUUGAUUGCCACAUGUAACUCAAAUUUGUACAGAUCUUACAAAUCUCUAUGUUACUGCUAUUGAAGUGUAAUAUAAUCUAUGCAUUUGCUUGCAAUUUGUUCGAUACUUUAUAUAGAUGAAAUUUUAUGUUCUGAUGGAAUGCCAUAUUUCCUUGAUGGAUGCACUUUGUGUACUUUUAAGAUGUCGUCUAAUUGCCAUAACAUUACAUAUCAAAGUGGUUAUGGUGCCAUCCCCUGGUUGUUGGUUGAAAAUUUUCCAGGAAUUUUAACCAAAAGCAGAGGUCUCCAUGGCCUGACCCCACUCAGCCUCAUUUCAACCACUUUUAAAGUUAUUCAUUGGCUGAGGUUAGCUGACUUUUUCAGCCAAUUAAUUCUGUUACAAAAUAGAUGAAAUAUGAUGUUUGUAAUGUGGACAUGUAACUUUUGCAAGUGCAGGGAGUUGAGACAAAGGCCUUUUUUUUUUCUUCUUCUUUUUUGUUUUUGUUUGUAUGUAUGAGUUCAGGAGAGAAAUGUACUGCACAGUUGAACACUUUUCAUAGGUCUGUUAUAGCUGUAAUUAUGUGUGUGUGUGCCCUUCCUUUUCAUUAAAGGAACACUAUAACGUUAGGAAUACAAAUAUGUAUUCCGAACGCUAUAGAGCCCUAGUCACCGUUUAGGUGACUGGGGCCUGGUUCUGUGGUGAAUAAAUAGUUAAUUAACCAUUUAUUUGCUUACCUUAAUCCAGCAUCGGGCUCCUCGGCACUAGUGACCUCUCCUCCUCCAUCAACGUCAGCUCCAAAGUGGAGCCGACUGCGCAUGCGCGGCCAGAGGCGCGUGCGCAUUCAAACCCACCCAUAGGAAAGCAUUUCCUUUUUUAAAUUUUUUUUAUAAUUCUUUAUUUUUCGUGCAUAUAGGCUUAACAAUCAGGUUUGUGGUGCCCCAAACGCAAUCCACUCACUUUUGCCAUUAACAUAUGAAACAUUGGGGUACAGAAUGACGUGCACAUUUUUUACAUUUAAAGAGUAUUAACCAAGUGUUGAGUAACAUGCUGGAUAGUCCAUUACUGUGAUUACUACGGAGAAUGGGCAAAACAUGAAUAGGCUUGCUUAUAUAGUAGUUAAAUGUGGAGUAACAUGCUAGACAAUACAUGACUGUAAUUACUUAUGUAUUUGCUGUUCAGGUGUACGCUAAUUGCAAUACGGUUGGUAUUGUUAGACUAAUAUUUGGUUGGUUACAUGCUAGAUCUUCAAGAUAGUUGUGUAAACCCCCUGGGGUUGAGCUAGCCGCUUUGGGGUACAUAGGCAUUUUGAGUGUGGUCGUGAGUUAAAGUAUGCAUGCCUUAGUACCCGAGUAGGGGUGAAGGGGUUAAUACCGCCAUUUCUUAUUCACCAUUUGUGGUUCAGCGUACCCUUACCAAAAAAUAACACAUUUAUCACAGUGGUCAUUGCCUGCCCAUGGUGUGCCCACUAAGGUUCUGCUGGCUUAUGGCCUCGCAGGGUUGCCCCUGGUCCAUACUUAGAUUAGGUUGGUGUCGGGAGGUUAAUUGCACUAUGGUCUCAAACAUUAAGAGUUAACAAAUAUUGCAUGUGUGAGGCAUUACAACUCGUGAUUCCAUAUACUACGCAACAUGGAGCUCACGAUUACUGUAGGCAAGUUCUGGUUGUUCAUCCGACGCCCGAUGGGUUGAGGGCGUUGCCGGCCUGGUGGCCUUUGUGCAGGUUGUCGGCGGUGACUCUCUGCCAGCCCCCUCUCUCGCUGGACCUCUGUGGGCCGGGUGUUUUAGCGCAGCUGUAAAGUUUUGCGUGUUCCUGGGGUCCCCCUGCGUGGCAUAGUCUUUUGGGUAACUUAGUGACCGUUGGGCCGGUCUGGGUGCUCGGAGGUGGUACCUUUUGGGUAGGUCGAUGUUUGCGAGCAUGUCGGUAUUUCUUUGAGUUAGGUACAUGGCGGCAAGGUUUAGGCCUCCGCUGGAUCACCCGCUUACUUCUCCCCAUGAUUCGGACUGCUUCAUGGCCCCGUAUGGUGGUGACUGUUUGUCGUGCCCUUAUUUGUGUAAGCUCUGCAGGCAGCUUCGUCUCAGAGGUGGUCCUGCAGAGGGUGAUUUUGGCCCAGAAAUCCUGCAGUAGACGGUCAAUCCUCUCCGCUAGUGGGGGCAGUAUGGUGCUGGGCGUUAGGUUGCACGUGGUGUCCGCCAUGUUUUUCUCUAUUUGUUUCAUUGUGUGGUUAGGGCCUGGUCUGCUCCCUGGUGUUGGGUCGUCGCUUGUGUUUGCCGGGAUAUCCCCCACCGGCGUGGGGGGGGAGGUAGAGUCCUCCGGGAAGACCUGGAUCCGCGAAUGCUGCUGCUGUGGAGGGAUCGGCUGCCUCACUCGCAUCGCCCUGACUUCGGGUCUAUCCCCAGUAAGAGACUGUCGCUGGCAGUUGGAAUUUCUGGCUUGUGUUGCCGCUUUAGCGAGCCCCUUAAGCUGGGGUUGUUGUACAAGCAUAUUUGAGGGCUUUUUCUCGCUUAUUUCAGAUUCUUUUAAGUUUUUGCCACGGAGCCCAUGUUGUGUGCGACUGCUCGCCAUGGCUGCCAGGCUCCGGCCCCCAGGAAAGCAUUUCUUAAUGCUUUCCUUUGGAGAUCUUUUUUGACACUUGAGGUCUGUGAGGACGUCCAGCGUCAAGUGUGAUUUUACUCCGUGUAAAUCGCAGAAGCCACUAGACAGCCACUAGAGGCUGGAUUAACUCUGCAGUAUAAACAUAGCAGUUUUCUAUGUUUUCAGCUUCAGGGUUAAAACUAGGGGGACCUGGCACCCAGACCACUUCAUUGUCAUGUGCCACCUACCUAGAGAUUGUUGCAGUGUACACCCUUCAUGGCAGUGUCCUCUUUCAGCAGGAUAAUACACCCUGCCACACUGCAAAAAUUGUUCAGAAAUGGUUUGAGGAACAUGACAGAGUUUAAUAUGUUGCCUCCAAAUUCUCCAGAUCUCAAUCCAAUUGAGCAUCUGUGAGAUGUGCUGGGACAACAAAUUCGAUCCAUGGAGACCCCACCUCGCAACUUUCAGGGAUUAAAGAAUCUGUUGUUAAAGUCUUCAUGCAAGAUACCACAGGACACGACUGGUUCAGGGAUUAUGUGGUGUCCAUGCAUCAGAGCCACAAAGGCCUGCAAGUCAUAUCAUACUCAGAGCAUAAUUCUGAAUCAUGCUAAAGAAAUAUUGAGUAAUACAUUAUAGAAAUCAAGCACACGAAGAGUCUGCUGAAAAAUGUUACUUUGGUUUUCCCUGUUUACUUGUAGAUCUCACUACUCUGUUGCUUCCUAAGCUAAUGAGAACUAUAUAAAGAUAGUUAAGAGUGUGAUGGAAUCUCUCUUGUAUCUUCUACAAUAAAUCUACAUCAUUUUGCAUUUCAGACCACUAUAGGCACCCAGACCACUUCAGCUUAAUAGUUUUUGCAGUGAUGUUCCAGGAGGGAUAAGCCAAAUGACAAAUGAUUUAGGUAAACUAGAAAAAUGGUCAGCAUUGUGGCAACUGACAUUUAAUGUGGAUAAGUGCAAGAUAAUGCAUCUUGGACGUAAAAACCCAAGGUCUGGGUGCCAUGUCCGGCUAGUUUUAACCCUUUUUGCUGUAAACAUAGUGGUUUCAGAGAAACCGCUAUGUUUACAAUAGGGUUAUUCCAGCCUCUAGUGGCUGUCUCAUUGACAGCCGCUAGAGGCGCUUCUCACUGUGAUUUUCAAAGUGAGAAGACGCCAGCGUCCAUAGGAAAGCAUUGAGAAUGCUUUCCUAUGGGCUGGCUGCGCGCGCAGCUCUUGCUGCGCAUGCGCAUUCAGCCAGGGGCGUCAGAAGAGGGAGGAGAGUUCAGCGCCGAGUGAGCCCGGCGCUGGACAAAAAGGCAAGGGAUUAACCCCUUCCUUCCCCUUCAGGUGGGGGCACCCUCAGGGCACUAUAGUGCCAGGAAAACAAGUAUGUUUUCGUGGCACUAUAGUGGUCCUUUAAAGGCCUCCAUGCACUUAUCCUUUACCUAAUUGUUUAGAAAUAUUUCACAACCUACUUGUAUUGCAGAGUCUAAAACUAGUCUCUUUAAUCAUGAAAUCCCCAUUUUAUUUAUUCCGGUUAAUAUGUAAGUAUUGCCUACAUUGUAUGCCUAUCUUUCUGUAAAUAUUGUAAAGGAACAACCCUUAAUAAAUACAUGCAACACCUCCACGUUCUUUAUGAUGUAAUAAGCCUCAAUAUGUAAUUUUUGCCUCCCAGAAUAUUAUUGCUUUAUAAGCAAUUCCAUAGUUCAUUAAUUUGAUAUUCACAGCCAUGUGAUCAGUUUUGUUAUUAAGAAUGAAAGAUAUUUUAUUAAACUCAUUGUGUAUUUACCUUUCAGGAGGAGCAGAUUUUGAAGAGCAGUGUUACUCCACCAACCAUGCCAUUCCCCUUUGGGAAAUCUCACAAGUCUCCUGCAGACAUAGUGAAGAAUUUGAAGGAGAGCAUCGCUGUGCUGGAGAAGCAGGACAUCUCCGACAAGAAAGCAGAAAAGGUAACAUACUGCCCUUCUCCAUAUAUUCGCAAUAUACAGUAUUGCCAACUUGUGUGCAGGAUCAUCAUCAACAAUAUCUGCUUUAAUUGCAAUGUCUGCCUCAUAUUGUAUGUUUAUUGGCAUCUGUUAUUGUAAGAACCACAUGCAUUGCAUAGUUAUUGUCCUACUUUGAAUGGUUCUUAUCUUCCAGCUAGAAUUUGGUUCAUUUUCAUUCUGUUGAACAGCUAUUAUGGUAUUGAAUAGAACUGGUGUGUGUCUAGAGUACUGGCUUCAGUAACAACAGCAUGUAGUAUGAGGGUGUUUGUUAGAAUAUAUCAGAGGACUUGCUAUAACCAAGUGGAGGUUUUAUUUUUAUUAUACAGUGUAGCUGUGAUACAGAAAUCAUUGUGUAUAUUUUCAAUGUUAUAUAAAGUCUCAGUUACAAAAAAUAUUCCUAAAAAAGCUAGAGGUCAUCGUUUCCAGCUUUUAACCUUUAACCUUAACUAAGCACCACAUUCAUUUCUGCUUGUGAAAUCUCUCCUUAAAGGACCACUAUAGGCACCCAGACCACUUCAGCUUAAUUAAGUGGUCUGGGUGCCUGGUCCAGCCAGGUUUAACCCUUUUUUUCUAUAAACAUAGCAGUUUCAUAGAAACUGCUAUGUUUAUAUUAGGGUUAAUUCAGCCUCUAGUGGCUGUCUCGUUGACAGCCGCUAGAGGCGCUUGCAUGCUUCUCACUGUGAAAAUCACAGUAAGAAGACGCCAGCGUCCAUAGGAAAGCAUCCUAUGAGACUGGCUGAAUGCGCGCGCGGCUCAUGCGCAUUCAGCCGAGGAGGGGGAGAGUAACCCGCCCGGCGCUGGAGAAAGAGGUAAGUUUAACCCCUUCCAGCCCCUAGAGCCUGGCGGGAGGGGGACCCUGAGGGUGGGGGCACCCUCAGGGCACUAUAGUGCCAGGAAAACGAGUGUUUUCCUGGCACUAUAGUGGUUCUUUAAAGAUGACGCAGCCAGCCAACUCUCCUUCUACAGAGGACAAUUUAAAGUGACAUUGUGAGUCAGAUGGGGGAAGGGGACUAAGUGCACUUGUACACUUCUCCUUCUAUCCAUUAUCUCUGAUGUCAGAUUCACACUCCUUGCCCUGUGCUGCACAUUAUGGGCUAGUGGGGCAAGUGGCAGUUCUUUGCUGCAAUAUCCCUUAAUAAAAUAUUAAAUAUCUUCACUGUGUAGCAUUUUUAACUUCCCUUGAAUGCUGGAUGCUUACAUCGGAGGAGCAUAAAUUAUUGUGAAUGACCAUGGAUAUUUGUUUAUAAUGUUAAGUUUUGGUUCGUUGAUGGUUGUGGCUAUAUACAGCAGCUUAAUAAGAUAUAUAUUCUUGUGAUUUUUAUGGCUGAUAACCAUCUGUACUAUUGUUCAGUGAUGGCCACUCUAAGGCACUGCAGCUAUUAAGGCCUACGUAUCCUGCCAGCCAGAUAUCUGAGUAUCAAGACUUAAGAACAAAGGUUCCACACACUUAAGCUAAGUGUUACUUGCUGCCUACUUGCUGAUGUGCAUUCUAUUCUGUACUGGGUGUGAGAACCAGGUGAUUCAUGAUUUAUUGCAGGAGGAACUCCCACUUCUCAGAUACACAGUACUACCUAAUCUGGUUCAGACGUGUUCUGUAGCAAUAAGUCUUCACAUGGUGACUUCCUGACCAAGUCUGCACCUUGCAUGGUGACAUUGACCCAUCAAUUAGUUCUCAUACAGUCACAGUGAGAGAGAGACAGAUCUAUGAUCUCAUUCUGACAUGGUGCUAGAUGGUGUACUAUAAGGAGGAGAGAAUCUUCUCUCAGCCACUGCUUCCUCAUAUAAUUAAAAAGUCAAAUGCCUAUUCGUUACUCCAUAGUUUUGCUCUUCACCCUCAUUUAUUGUGUACAGUAGAGCAGGCGAUGUUUAAUAAUUUGUUUUACAAUCAUCCAUGUGUUUGAAAUUUUGAUGUAGAAUGGGAAUUCUUUGAAAGCUCAUUAACUCUUGGGUGCCAUAAAUGUAAUCAACCUAUUGUGUUGAUUGCUUGAAAGCUGCACUAUAAUUUCAAGAGCGAGCAGCAUCCCAAGUAAAAACCGUGUAGUGACUGCGCUCUGAUUUAUUAGAGAGCACCAGACUGUGAGUCUUGGAUGAUGUGAUUUCCACAUCCCUGUGAUUAUACUAUCAUAGUUCUUGUGAUAGUGAUAAAGAACAUACUGCCAUGGCACGGUAAAGUUGUAAUUUAUUCAGAAACAGCUUCAGCGUUUCUGCAGUGAGUUUUUGCAGUGAUGUUCCAGGAGGGAUAAGCCAAAUGACAAAUGAUUUAGGUAAACUAGAAAAAUGGUCAGCAUUGUGGCAACUGACAUUUAAUGUGGAUAAGUGCAAGAUAAUGCAUCUUGGACGUAAAAACCCAAGGGCAGAGUACAGAAUAUUUGAUAGAGUUCUAACCUCAACAUAUGAGGAAAGGGAUUUAGGGGUGAUUAUUUCUGAUGACUUAAAGGUAGGCAGACAAUGUAAUAGAGCAGCAGGAAAUGCUAGCAGAAUGCUUGGUUGUAUAGGGAGAGGUAUUAGCAGUAGAAAGAGGGAAGUGCUCAUGCCAUUGUACAGAACACUGGUGAGACCUCACUUGGAGUAUUGUACACAAUACUGGAGACCGUAUCUUCAGAAGGAUAUUGAUACCUUAGAGAAGGUUCAGAGAAGGGCUACUAAACUGGUUCAUGGAUUGCGGUAUAAAACUUACCAGGAAAGGAUAAAGGAUCUUAACAUGUAUAGCUUGGAGGAAAGACGAGACAGGGGGGAUAUGAUAGAAACAUUUAAAUAUAUAAAGGGAAUCAACACAGUAAAGGAGGAGACUAUAUUUAAAAGAAGAAAAACUAACACAACAAGAAGACAGUCUUAAAUUAGAGGGACAAAGGUUUAAAAAUAAUAUCAGGAAAUAUUACUUUACUGAGAGGGUAGUGGAUGCAUUGAAUAGCCUUCCAGCUGAAGUGGUAGAGGUUAACACAGUAAAGGAGUUUAAGCAUGCGUGGGAUAGGCAUAAGGCUAUCCUAACUAUAAGAUAAGGCCAGGGACUAAUGAAAGUAUUUAGAAAAUUGGGCAGACUAGAUGGGCCGAAUGGUUCUUAUCUGCCGUCACAUUCUAUGUUUCUAAGUUUUGGAGUUGACUUCAUUGCAUAGGGCUUUAGAAAAUGUUUGUAUUGCUAAACCAUGUACAAUUUGGGUAGUUGCACUGUGUUUGAGAGUGCGUUUUUGAUAUCUGCUGUAAAGAACAUGCACUGUGCAAAUAAAGGAAGGUUUGUUUAUCUUGUUGUAUCCUUGCUACAUUGAUCAUGGUAUUAAUAUAGCAGAAUGAUUUGCAUACAUUUAAUAGUCAUGCAUGCAUCCUGUUAAAGUUGCAUGUUUUGUCUUUAAAAAAUAGUCGAAGGUACAUUCACUAUAGAGUAGAGGUCUUCAAUUGUUUAAGGAACUACAUCACCCAUGAUACUUUGCAGGACAAGCGGGACACCUUUGCUGGAAGAAGUGAUGGGUAACUCAAAUAAAAUUCAUGAGGUUAAGUCUAAUGAAGUUGACAAUUACCAUGCACUGUUAGGGAUUUCAGUCACACUGUAAGUCAGACCUAGGAAGCUUUGUCCUUGGAAAUGCAGACAGGCACAGCUGACGAGUUGGCAUAUGCUAAUAGAGGGGCUACUUAAUUCUUAUUUUUAGUAGAUGACUGCCCGUGGUAUAUUGUAUGUAUCUCUCUAUGUAGUGCACAGCUAAUAUUGUGAGUUCCUUCUCCUAUGGGGGUGGGGGUGCUCAGGGCAGGGCUAGACAAAUUCCAGGCGCCAGGUUGCCAUGACGUCUAGGAUGUCAGCCAUUUAACACAGCCGCCCGUGGGAGCCGCCCACCCGCCGGACCAAUGUAGACGGCUUGCAAGGGAGCUGAAAUAUACCUGCAGCUCUUUCUGCUCCUUUGCUUGCUGUUAAAUGAUGCCGGAAGCAGGAAUAUGACGUCACUCCAGCCCAGGCAUCACUGCAGAGAAGAGGUGCAGAUAGAUUACUACCCCCUCGCAUGUAGGAAGAGAGAAUAGCCCCACUGGACUCCCGUUAAAAAUCCACUCAGCUCUCCGAAAAGUAGGGAGGCUGAGUGAAUUUUAAUAAAAAUCUGUGUGUCUGUGUUUGUCAGAGAGUCUGGAUGAAGACAGCAUGCAAAUAUAAUAAGUUACUGGCAUAUUUGGAAAUACUCAACCAUGCCAACGUCUCCCAACUAUGGUGGGGGUACUCAGGGCAGGGCUUGACAAAUCAGAUGCCAGGUCGCCAUGGCGACUAGAUGUUUUGCCCUGGCGCCUGAGAUUUUAGCCCUUAAACACAGCCGCCUGUGGGAGGGAGCUUUGUUCUGUCAGAGAGUCUGUGUGUCUGUUUAGGUACCUGCCCCCCCUCCAAUUGAACGAGAGUUGUUUUUACUCUCCUUUUUUUCCCACGCUGUGCCUAUUUCGCCAUGGCCAUGUUUGGUCAAUCAUAAUGAUCUCAGCCAAGGGAGGAUAUUGUGCAUUCGCAGUAAAACGUGCCAAUCAGCAUUUCCUCACGGAUAUAAAUUGAAUCAAUGCAUCUCUAUGGGGAAUACUCAGCAACCCCAUACAGAGCGUGGAGAUGCUGAACGUAGGAGCUGCACACUGUGCAGCACUGAUUAAGGACUCUCUAGUGGCCAUCUGAGUGACUGUUACUAGGCAGCAAUGUAAACACUGCCUUUUCUCAGAAAAAGUAGUGUUUACAUUGAAAGGUCUGCAGGUACAGGCUAUAGACACCAAAACAACUACAUUUAAAUUAAGCAUGAUCUAAAAUGGGGUUUUGGUGUUAAAAUAAAAAUUAAAUGGUGGUAGAAGUGUUUUAUUAAACUUGAUUGAUGAGGGUUUGGCUGUUGUCAUGUCAAAGCAUGAGUUGUUUUUUUGUACAUGUUUGUAUUAUUGUAGGCUUUGAUCUUACACCAGGCCUAAGCCACAAAACUACUAAGAUAACCAUCACCAGAGCUUGACAUAGGGCAUCGUAAAAGGUAUUGAUGCGUAUGCUCUGACUUUGGGUUCUUCAAAUGACAACAUAAUUUAAGAAAAUAUGGAGUGGGCAAUAAACUGCCAGGCCAAACCCCUCUGAUCCACCCAGGGGUCUGCCCACUCAGAAACAACUAGUUGUAAGGUAUAUAUUGAGACCUGUAACAUCUGAAUCACCCACAAGAAUUAUAUAUAAGGGUAAAUAUAUGUAAGGGAUUUCUUGUGUUUUUAUUUUAUGGACUGUUUUACAAUUUAUCUGUUUCUGUAGGUCAUUUAUUUCUAUAUUUUUGUACCCAGCACUGUAAAUCCUUUUGCCAGAUUAAAUGUUUCCUUAUUCAGCUUGUGUCUUUGUUCUCUAUGAGCUCACUCUCCUGAGGAAGGCUCAGGUAAACAUGUUACCAAGAGGGUUGAUUAUAUAUGUCUGAUCCGUAAAGUAAGGUUGUGAUCCUAUAAUUCUACGGUGUGUAGGGUAACUGAAGACGCCUGGAUUUAAAGUCUUGGUGGUGGCAGUAAAGUGUGUAGAAGGUAUUGCAGGGGUUAAUUUAGUGGUUGCUGGGACUAGCAACAGGUAACCAGGGGUUUCUCCAGGGCUGCACCUCUUCUGUGGAACUCCCUUCCCUUCUUUCACCCAGUCUCCACUCAUUCAAAAAAUCAUUGAAAAUACACUUCUUCAAAAAAGCAUAUCAAUUAAACUGUUAGCAGGUUUUUAUCCCCCACCCCCCAUGACUCCUCUCCUGCAACUGUCAAAAAUGACCUACUAAGCCCGCAUUGAAUACUUUUCUAACAACCUACCUCGUACCCCUACUUUUACCCUUUGUGUCACUAUACCCCACUCCCUCUAGAAUGUAAGCUCAUUGAGCAGGGCCCUCCACCUCUCUGUUCCUGUACGUCCAGUUGUCUGGUUACAAUUACAUGUCUGUUAGUCCACCCAUUCUACAGCGCUAAAGAAUCUGGUGGAGCUAUAUAAAUUAAUAAUAAAAUAAUAAUUAACCCUUGCACUUCCACAGUCUCCCUACUGUCUCGGCUGGGCCAAUAGUCCACGUUCAUGACCGCAGUCAAUAAAAUAAAGGAUGUUUAUCAUCACCUAUAUAGUAAGUGUAUAUAAAUCUUUUCUCCUUGGCAACUGUUGAGGACUUGAAGUGGGCCAAUAAUUUUUUGAUGCUAGUAGUUUGAUGCUUUUUUUCCCUUUAACAGAAUAUUCCGUGGUGUAAUUGAUAUGUAGGUGAACAGGUUGUUAUCCAAGGAGAAUUGUGAUUAAUAUUAUUAUUAUUGUCAUUUACAUAGCGCCAACAGAUUCUGUAGCGAUAUUAUGAGAGGGGGGAUGUGACUGUAAAUAGGACAAUUACAUGAAAACUUACAGGAACAAUAGGUUGAAGACGACCCUGCUCAAACAAGCUUACAGAUUGCUAUUAUGGAGUCAAGAUUGCCUUUACGUUCAUCUUUCCCUUUUUGUGACAUAAUUGGAAAUGGCUACAGUUUUUUUUUUUUUUUUGUGAUUGUCCCGUCUCCGUAGAUGAUACGAGUUGUAAUCAGAUUGUCCGGUGCUAAAUACUGGUUUAAAUGAUCACUCUUAAAACCAUAAUAACUGUGUAACAGCACACAGUAGCUUAUAACUUUAGCAAUUUGUAAGAUCAAGACUGCAGCCUUCAUCACAUUAAAAAAGUGUUCCUCCUUUUCUAUGCAAGUCCCAUCCAACGGAUGUACGUGCAGGCAGCUCUCUCCCCUUUAGCUCUGGAGAGAACAAGCCGCACAGUUUGAUGGCUCUGGAGAGUGCUGCUCACAGCCUGUUUUUUUUCAUAACUGUAAACCAUGUUGUGGUUAUAAACUAAAAGCAGGUGUGGUAUGAUUGCUAUCUAUGCAUCCAUCAGUUCCACUAAUCCUAUGUGUGCAAUAAAAAACAAGCCAUAUUCACACACCACAAGCUAUAAAUCUUCUGAAAUCUACUUAAAAUGCUUUUCCCUGAUAACGUGUUUUAUAAAAUUAUUUUGUACAAUGUUAUGCUUAGCCCACCGAUAUGACAUCAAUUUAGACAAGUCCUUUCCUAAUUAUAUUAUGUACAUGGGAGCAGAGUCCAUGCUUCUUUACACAUACUGAGACUCCAUGGCAAUCUUCAGACCUCUAGGUGUGUGUUUGGGGAAUGGUUAUCUUUUCUGUUUGAAGCUCUGGGUGAUUUUUGUGACCAUGCUAAGUAUUAAUAUCAGUGCCUUGUCAGCUCUUUUAUGUAACCAAAGAGAUUUAAAUAUUCUUUUACAGCUAUAGACAUGUAUUGUUACAAGGAUGUAGGCCCGGGGUAAAGAACUUUAUUAAAACUAGAACCUUUUUAUGCAAGAAUGUUAUGACACACUACAUAGGUUUGUCAUGCAAUACAUUUUUGUUGUCUUCUUUUUAAAUGAGUCAAGCAAAAUUGCUGACCAGCGAACGUGACAAGACGAUUGCAUUUCUAAAAAGGGGAGAGAGGGCAAAUGAUCAAAAAUGCUGUAAAAUUUAAAAGGAAAAUAAAUGUCAUGAGGUUCUCUUUAGGGCAUUUCAAAUUAAUGAUAUAAAAGUAUUUAAUAGAGUUAAUUUAUUUUCCCACUUGUGUCUACUAAAGGUUUUUAGCCAUGUUCUGGUAAGAGGAGUAGAAAAUAACAUAUUUUCCAUGGGUUAAAUGUACAUUUUUAGAUCCAUGAUUGAACCUGUGUGCAGCUGUAAUCCAGCGACUUUUAUUUAUUUUAUUUUACCUGUUUGAUUUUAGAUCUAAAUAUCUCUGUUCUCACUUUUUACCUUCAACGUAUCUUUUUCCUGAUAAUGCUGCAAGUACUCCUAAUUAGAUAAGACCAAAUAUUGAGAUUUCACCAAAUCUCUUUCCUGUUGCCUGUGUAUCUUUGAGUUUAUAUCAACUUUUUUUUCCCUAUGCUGUCUCAUUUUGCAGUUUACAGGAGGGUUGUUACCUCACACACUCAAGUCCCCCACCCAUCAAACCAAUUCCCUUAGUCGUUCCUCUUCAGGCUUAAACAUAUCCCUUCCUGCUUACUCUACUGAUGACAUACAUAACAGGACCAAGGAUGAAAAGAAGCUGGCAUGGCCCAAAUCAAAACGGAGCUCGUUUGUGUCCGGGAGACAGAAGAUGGACAGAACUGCCAUAUUAUCGGUCAAUAUGUCUGCCUUUUGCUGGGCUCUCUGUGUAGGGUCUUUUGGUGGAGGAGGUCCUCACUGUGUUGGUUACUAACCAUUUCCUACAGGACAAUCAACUAAUGCCACGUGCAUAAGUGACAACAUGUCAGUAAUGGAUACCAAGAAUGUUUCUUUGUGUGGUCUCCCUGUCAUUAUAAGGCUGAAUGUGACUAAAGACACGUGGGUGUGAAUCACACUAGUUACACAAAAACAUUACCAAGGACAUAUGCAAUCAUUGUUCAGGAUACACAAAGCCAAAACAAACCUCUAAAUAGUUCUCCUUUUUAAGAGAAUAGGCAGAAGGGAGAAUUGUCAUUAGAAAAGAAAAUUUAAAAUGGACCAAACUCAAUUCUAAAUUUAAGGUUGCAUGACCAGUCUUUUACAAUUGAUGAUCUGCAGGUUUUCAAUCUAGAAAGAUGUGUGACCUGCCUGCACACACUGACCAAAACUCAACUGAUCAUCCUGUAGCUCUACCAUUCCUAGCCCCUGUGAUCAGCAAAUAAUCAAUGGUGUAAUGCAGGGUAGAGUGGUUAAAAGGUAGAUUCCAGCCGUUGGAAAAACAUUAAGAUUGUGCUUUUAUAACCGCUUGUCUUGCCUUUUUUUUUUAUUGCCUUCCUUGUCCUUUUUCCUGCAACUAAUAACCGUGCACUUUGGAAAGAAUGGACAUUUAGAUUAAACAUUUUCCUGCCUGCUCUUUUUUUGUCUAGACUAAAGCAAUGCCCAUCUAUAAUUGGGGAAUGCCGUUGCAGUAAAUAGGAAAUCGGAAAUACUUUAUGAUUAUGAUAAUGAACACUCCAAUGGGGCGGUGGGGAGGGAGAGAGAGAGAGAGAGAGAAAGAAAGAGACUAUUAGAUGAAAAAAUGCAUGCAUGUACUUAUGCAUGGUUACAUGGGGGAUAUCUAAAAUAGCUUGUAAAAUGACAGACUUCACUGCAGCUCAAUGAGAAGUAUUUGCAAGAUAGGUGCUCUGGGCAAUUGCUGCCUCUUGAGUUUAGCUCCACUAAGUUAUACUACCUGGAAGUAACAGGACUGGUUGUCUGACAGCCGGAAAUAGGUGGUGUAACAAUGUUAAUUUCUAAAAAGUGCCAAUUUCUAUUGACAGCUGCACUUUAUGUAAAUUGAAAAAAAGGAAACGCCCGUCACUCCAGGACUGCUUGGGGCUGCUCCUUGGUGGAGGUAUGGCUGAUGUGCAGUGAAGUAAUUCUGCCCUACUCAUACGAAGUUAUAUUUGCGGUGAAAAAACUUAGUUGGCUCUCUCGGCAGCAGAGAAGGGGACCCUCAUUCAGUGUUUAAACCAUUCUCGAAUAAUGAACUAUCUAUCUAACUCAGUUGUUUUUUUGAACCUGCCAUUGUUUUUGGUUAGUGUUCUGCAAUGCCUGGUAAUAUAUAUUAUUAAAUUAGCAUGCAUGCGCUUAUCUCGCCCCCAGUGUCUUUAGUCACAUAAAGUGGCGUUGUACCUCUAUCAAAACUAAAACUUUUCAGAAUAUUUUGACCCAUUUCUGUUUCUUCUUAAAACUAAUCAUCGGACAUCUUUCCAUUAAGUGAUCAUGUCUGGAAACCGCAGGCUAUUGUCUUUUUACUCCUGGUGGCCUGACAUACCUUACAUAGUAAGGUAUUUUACUAUGUAAUCUACUCAUAGAUUGUGACUUUAAUGGCAUGCCUCAUGCAUGAGACACAUUGUAAUUAGUUGUGGUUCCAGUCUGUGGUCAUUGGGAGUAAAAAUGUAUUUUUCUCUGUGAGGCUCCGAGUUCCCUGCAGUACCACUACAUGUGUUUGCCAGUGGUGGACUGUGGAAUUUGGAUUCAGUGUUGUGAAUAUCUAACAGUCACUAUAACUGCUUUCUCUAUGGGAAAAGGAUAUAAUAUCUAAUCAUGCACUUACCAAGGUGUUUUAUUUCCUAAAGAAACCAAGUCCUACAUCUAACAACUUUUUUUUUGUUUUUAGAUAAACCUUGGGUGCUACUUUUUUUGUGGGGUGAUGUGCAAUUUUAAAGUCUUUGACUAGCAAUGUUUACAGUUAUGGUGUUUGAAUUCGCUCUCUUUGUUUAACAGGCAACUGAAGAGGUGUCAAAAAACUUAGUGGCUAUGAAGGAAAUCUUGUAUGGCACAAAUGAAAAGGAGCCACAAACAGAGGCUGUUGCUCAGCUUGCUCAGGAAUUGUACAACAGUGGCCUUCUGGGAACCCUGGUGGCUGAUCUCCAGCUCAUAGAUUUUGAGGUGAUACAGAAGAUCUAUAGCAUUUCACACUAGCAGUAAGACAAUAGCCUUAAAAAAGUUAAAUGCCAUGUGAAUAGGAAUUCAGAUGUUUAUCAAAUCCCAAAUGGCGUAAGAAUAUGGACGUUUGGAGACGCAUAUUUUAUAUAUUUAUAGUUGUUUGCUUUUCCAGGAGUGAGUGUAGUGGUUUAAAAAAAAAAAAAAAAAUCUAUGGUUUUGUUUCCAGGAUUCAUUAUGAACCAGGAGGGAUCUUGUAAGAGCAGAGUGGGCAAAUGAUAGAUGUUCGAGAACGUUGAUAGCUUCUAAACUGCACUCUGUAUAUCUUAUGAAAAACCUAACUUGCCCCCAAAGUUACACUGAGUAGCAAAGCAGUCAAUAUAUUCUGGUAAAUAUUUCAUGUACCAAAUUUAGUAGAAGAAUUGAAGUAUUCCAAUGGUAAAAUGCUUGUGUAAUAAGUGCAAUAUCAAAAGAAAAGACUAAAUUUAGCUGGUCCCUAAUAUCUAUGGGUCUUCCUAUCACCCUGGCAUCACUGAAUGUCAGCACAUAACUAUAACUUUUACCUAAAGAUAUAAACCAGCUGCCAUGACUAUUUCUUAUUUUAGAAGUGUUCAUGGUGGAAAGAGUCUGUAUGUGUAGUAUGUGUAGUGUUUCUGCUUGUAAUGCUGCUACAUUCAGAGAUAUAUUCUCUUUUGUGCCAGGGAUCUCUGCUUGGAAGGUGCAAUGAGAAGCAACUGUGUCCCCUCCAUCCCUCCUGCACUCCCUCCCCAUGCUCUCUAUUUUAAGCAUGACUUUCUAUUUUUUUUUUUUUUUUUUUAAAUUUAUAUAUUUAGGCCUCACCACUCCUUCCUCUCCGCAUAUUAUCCCAGACACAAUAGUGCUAGUCUAAUCACUAGCAAAAAUAUCCUCGAUUUGUGAAUAGAUACUGAAUUUGUUACACUUUCUCAAUUAAUUCCCAGGUUAUUCCAUUUUUUUUUUUUUUUUUUGCAGAGCAGUAAUUCCCACCUGUGGCCCUCAAAGUAAAGUUCUCCACUUGCUUACACAAAUUUACAAUUUCUUCUAUUCAGGGCAAGAAGGAUGUGGCUCAGAUCUUCAAUAAUAUUUUGCGAAGACAAAUUGGCACACGAACCCCUACAGUGGAAUAUAUAUGCACCCAGCAGAAUAUUCUCUUUAUGCUUUUGAAAGGGUAAGAGCUCUGUUCACUAUGUUAACUUUGCAUGGGAAACUUAGUCUAGGUGAACAGACUGCCUAACUCUGGGCAAGAAUCUGAUAUCCUACACACGUGUAGGUUAUUUUCUUUGUGUUGCAUACUUAUGUUCCCUGUUUUAUUUCAUUUUUUCCCCCCCCUGUCAAUGCAAAAUCUUCAGAUAUGAAUCUCCUGAGAUUGCUCUGAAUUGUGGGAUCAUGCUGCGGGAGUGCAUUCGGCAUGAACCACUCGCAAAGAUAAUCCUGUGGUCUGAGCAGUUCUACGACUUCUUCAGAUAUGUAGAGAUGUCGACGUUUGAUAUUGCCUCAGACGCAUUUGCAACAUUCAAGGUGACAAUUCUUUUUGUUCGUUUUUUCACUCUCUCACUUUUACAGUAAAACUAGUUCAAAUACAUCUCAUUCUCAAAUGUUCUCUGACAUUUUUUAAAUGUAUUUUUUUUAAAGUAUACAGCAUUACAAUCUUUCAAAAAUGUAUUAGAUAUCUACCAGGGUUAAGCAAAUAUAUAAAUUAUUAAACUUGUAUGUUUAAUGUUAUUUUAGUUAAAUUAAACAAUUCAUGUUGUUCUCCAGAUAUGAGUGACUAACCUUAUAAACUGGGGAUAAUUCACCUUGCAAGAAUUUGAUCAUUGUAUGUGUAUUUCUAAUGGUAUACAGUAUAACAUAAUCAGUACUGAUAUAACGUUUAAACUAAUCAGAAAAGUUAUAAUUCUAAAUAUGAAAUCUUAAUCUGGUUGCAAAUGUUAAAUUUAUUAAGGUUAUUCACAAAUUAAGAAUUCAAGGUUAAGUUAAAGUGAAUUUCAAAUUUAAGGACAAAAUAGCCGUGCUGGACAAAUUCUCCCAGUCAGCUAUGCUUUCUCUUUGGCUAUUUUGGCCUUAAAUGUGAAAUUCACCCUAAAUUCUCACUUUUGUACAUAAUCCUGUGUAAUAAUCAGCAAGAAUGAGUCUUCAUUAAUUACAUUUUUAAAAUCAUGAUUUAAAUUGAAUUUUACAGGCUAGUGACUAAAAUCGUGAUUUAAAUCAACUCUACCCUGGUAUCUACACAAAUUUGUUUUAAUAAUAUGUUUAGCAGAGGUUGUGUGAAUAUUUGCAUGUUCAAUACUAGUAUUCUCCAAGAACAAUUAAUUAUUUUCAAGUGACAAUACCUCACAUUACUGUAAUAAACCUUUUUUCCUAUUGGUUUUCUGCAUUUCAGUUCCCAUUUUCCUGUUCCUUAUCUUUACUGUACAGCAUUAAAAAUUAAACCUGCUCUAAAUAUGGACAUUGGCUAAAAGGUGGUUCUGUGUUUUUUAUUUUAUGAAUAUUUAGGAUCUGCUAACAAGACACAAGUUACUGAGUGCAGAAUUCCUUGAGCAGCAUUAUGACAGGGUAAGAUUCAGUCUCUGUGAGAUUCUAGAUCUAUUACUUAUUUGCCUUUUAUCAUUAGUUUGCCAGGAGUACACAUUCCACCUGUUCUGUGUAGUCAGUCCGUUUCAAAUUAUUCUCGUAGUCCCUGCACGUUCCUGAUGGCACUGCAGUUCAUGAUUACAGCUCUGUCUAGAGGGACACUGCUUUUAGGUUCAGAACACUAUGCUGUAGUGAUUUUUAACUGGCUGAGGAGAAAGGGCACUAUGGAGAUAGAUAUAUAUAUAUAUAUAUAUAUAUAUAUAUAUAUAUAUAUAUAUAUAUAUCUCUAUCUAACGAAACAGGAUUCAUGUUUACUUCAAGAUCCGUAAAAGGAACAAUAGAAACUAUUAAAUAAAAAACAUUUUAAAUGUUUAUAAAAAAAAUAGUUUUAUAUAUAUUUAUAAUUAGACAGUAGGUAUUGUAUCUAGAAUAUAUAGCCUUUUAUGUAUAUAAACCAUACUGUGUAACUGUAUAAAUUACUUACAUAGGUUGUGUAAAAUGGUUCCGGCAAGUGAAAUGAAAUACUCUGUAAUGUGUGUGUGUAUAUAUACACAUGAAUCCUGUUUCGUUAGUUGUUUUUAUCCAUAUUUCUAGAGAUGCUUAAUGUAUUACCUGCCUCAAACAUCUUCCUUUACUUUCAUGCUCUAUACCAAAGUAAUACAUGUUACUGAUAUGUAGUAGUAGCUCUGUUUUUGUUAUCUAUUACUUACAGAUACUAACAGAUACACAUUGUUACAGGCAUAGGUUAUGCCAUUGCACAUUGAUUUUAGCAGACAUACAUAGCUUUGUGAAUGGUACCACUAAUAUCCACACACACCUUUACCUUGUUUUACUCAUCUAUUCCACUAAUUCACACUGUCUUGUAUUACACACUUGCCUCUAGUCCUAAUGCUUUUUACAGUAAAGAAUGCACAUUAUUGGUAUCUGUGAUAUAUUUCUCCCAGUGUUAUUAGAUACCACACUCUGCUGUAUGUAGCACCUUCUUCCUGCUUAAUGACAUCUGGUUUCUCUUCUCAGUUCUUCAGUGAGUAUGAGAAGCUAUUGCAUUCUGAAAACUAUGUGACAAAACGGCAGUCACUUAAGGUAUGUCUGUUAUAUCCUGCUUCAUCCUUAUUGAUUUCAUGUGGAAACACUUUAGUGUUAUUCUGUACUGUACAUAUGUGCUUAAGCAUCACUUGCUAUAGUGCCCUAGUAAUUUAAUUUCAUUAUCAUGGUCGUCUUAAGCAGAAGAAAUCUCACACUUUUUUAACAUGUAAGGGAAUAAAAAGUUAAUAAAUUCUGUCUACAAAACGUAUUUCCAGUCUUGGCAGUCCAAGUGUUAAACAAAGGAGGAUGUUUAAAUAUGUAGGACCAAUGUUUAACAUUUUAUAUCUAGAAAUCUCUUCAUUUGCCAACAACCACCUCAAUGCCUUGGAUGGCCUAGAGCUUUCAUCAUUGUUGUUAUUUUUAUUUAAUUUAUAACAUGCCAGCUUAGACAUCAUGUACAAUACAUAAACAAUAUUGGGUGAUGUGGCUGUGCUCGUAUAACUUUACACUGUGAUGGAACUGGACAAUAAUUAGACAGUAGGUAUUGUAUCUAGAAUACAUAGCCUUUUAUGUAUAUAAACCAUACUGUGUAACUGUAUAAAUUACUUUAUAGGUUGUGUAAAAUGGUUCCGGCAAAUUGUACGAAAUGGCUAGUGUCCUGUGAGGAAAUGAAAUACUUUGUAAUUUCAUUUGGGAGAAGUUAUAUAGUGUUAUAGAUUGAGGUACAUUGCAUUUCAUAAGAAAUGGAGCAGUUGGGUCAUCAAACAUUAUAUUUCCUUAGUGCUUGCUUUCCCAAAGGUGGGAAUAAAAGUGAAAUAAACAAUAAAAUAAGUAUUGUUAUGAAUUUAAAAUUAACCUACAGAUGCUUAAUGUGCAUGUGUGUGUUUAAACAGAUGGAGACUUACUGAUAUUUUAUAUUAUUUUAUUUUUAGCUUUUGCUAAAAUGAGAAUUGUCAGGAAAUUCAAAGUGAAAUUCAAAUCUAAGGCCACAGUAGCAGAACUGGAAAAAUUCUGCAAGUCAUAUAUGCUUCAGUUCUGGCUACUUUGGCAUUAAAUGUUAAAUUUCAUUUUAGUUCCCUACAAUUCUCACUUUAGUAAAUAACCCUGUUUGUAUAAUGGGUUGUGCAUCAAUUUUGCAAUAAUGGAAAAGUAAAACCCUGCAACUCAGCUAUAUUCUCCUGCUUCCAAGAGAAAAUGCUGAGAUGCCUGAAGGUAAAAAUAUAGCUGCACAUGACCCAUAAACUCAAAGAAUUUUAAAGGUUAUGGACAUAUCAUUGUAAUCGGGUGGCUUCUGUAAACCAGUGUUCCUUUAAGUUUUAUUUACUUAUUCUGUUGUAUUUUUAUUCAGUAUACAACUUUAGCUGACCUUAAACUCAAUUUAAUAUUUUUAUUUAAGCUUUUCAAAUGAUUUGGUAUUUUUGAAUAAACUUUUUAAAAAAAAAAAUUUUUUAAAUAUAAAAGUCUAUCAAAAUAAUAAAAUAUUUAAAUAUUUUUCAAAGUUUACCCAGAAAUAUUAAAUUGAGGCCUCUAUUUCAUGUUUGGCUUCUGUGUAAAUUUUAGCUGGCAGCCAUGACCUAUUUGAUUAUAUUUCCUGAUUGGAUAGACACAUCACUCCCACUGAAAGCACUAGGGGAACAGGGAACAACAACCACUUCCUGAUUUCCUCAAAUACUAUCAUCGAUUAAACAUAACCUGGACAUUGUAAAAGUGUGUCUUUUAUAUGUAAUCUUCAAUGGAAUUCAUUAACAAAAUAGUGAUCUCCUGUUUUUGAGUGUCCCUAUAAUUUAGUGAUUUAUUUUUAAUAUUGUGGUUGACAUGAACUGACAUUUCUUUAUUAUCUUUGUACCCUUUUUUCCCCUUUAUCUACCUCUUUUUGCUUCCAUACAAUUACCUUUCCAUUUUACUUGCAACCUUUUUUUUUUUUUUUUUUACAUUUUAUUUCCUCUCCUUUAUUGCUUCUUCUUACAUACUCACAUUCUCUCUUAUUUUGUUGUCUCUUUUGGUUUAUUUUUUUCAUCUUCCUCUUGUACCUCGGUCUCUUCUGCCUACAGCUACUCGGAGAACUUUUGUUGGAUAGACACAACUUCACAAUUAUGACUAAAUAUAUAAGUAAACCAGAGAACCUCAAGUUAAUGAUGAACCUUCUACGUGACAAGAGUCGCAACAUCCAGUUUGAAGCUUUUCACGUGUUUAAGGUGAUGAUGGGGCAAGUUUUUAUUGUGGCGAAGUGAAAAAAAUAUUCCAGCUGAGUGAAGUGUGUUUUGGGUGAUAAGAAGGGCAGAUUGUGAAAGAGAAGACAUUGUUGAUGAAAUUGGAUAUAUAUGUAUCUUCAUGGUGUGAGUGUCUCCAAAGUUGUAGGACGCAAUAAGAACUCUCCAGAUUUGUGGGCGCAUUUUCGAUCUUUCUAGUUGUUGAAUAGAUCUAUAAACUGGAACUUAAGGGGUUACAUUAAAGGAUUAUCAAGGGUAGUCUAUUAACUUCUUUAUUUUUUAUUUCUUACACAAGAAGAAUAAUGGACGGCUCUGAAAAUAUAUCACUAGUCACAUGAAAAUGUUCCUUAUCCACUUGUUUGUGAACAUAGCAAAAUUAUUUACUUCAGUACUGUGCAAAAGGUAGAAAUACUAUCAUUUAACAGGAUGUACAGUGAGUGAAUAGAAGAAAGAACUGAGAAGACAAGCAUGAAACUGAUCGCUCUUUGGAAACGAGCUAAGCAGGGCUUAACUUGGAAGAGCUAAUGGAAGUUCCUGCUAAAGAACGACUAGCUCUGAGGAGAUCGUAGUGAAGGCAGGGAGCCAGGGGUGGAGAGUGGGUGUAAUAGUGGUUGUGGUGCUUGGAAUGUUCCUUUAAAAUCCUAUUUACUCAGCAGCACAAAAUAGUCAUUUUUGACAGAGAGAAAGAUUUUAUAACAUUUAAAUGAAUUCAAGUAAACAAAUUAAAGUUUUUACGUAUCUUGCUCCCAAAAUAAAAGCCUUUUAUGGAAAGUAAUGAGUGCAAUGGAAUUAUAGAAGUCCAGUUGGAACUCUGAAUGACCCACAGAUAAAGAUCUUUUAUUUAAUUUUUCACAACAUUUUAGUUUUAAUGAAUUAAAAAAAGUGUAUUUUUAUUUAUUUUAUUUUUUUGUAAUUGUUUCUCCAUCUUUUAACAGGUAUUUGUAGCCAACCCAAACAAGACUCAACCUGUUCUUGACAUCCUUCUAAAGAACCAGAGCAAGCUAAUCGAAUUCCUCAGCAAGUUCCAAAAUGACCGCACUGAAGACGAGCAGUUUAACGACGAGAAAACGUACCUAGUGAAACAGAUCCGUGAUCUGAAAAGACCCGCACAGCAGGAUGCCUGAGGUGGAUAGGGAAGGGAGGGAGAAACCAAUCCCAGCGCUUGCUGUGAGAGUAUUCAGCAUCCCGUGGACUUCGCUAGCAACAUCCUCACAUCCUAACCUCAACGGUUUCACCUCAUUCUCUUUAUUCCACUUGCAUUUGAAGUUUUAGUCUGAGUGUAACUCCUUACCAGCUGGAAAAGCCCAAGUGCUGCACUACCCCCCAGCAGCUUAGGGGUUAAAAGAUGAGUUCAUUGCAACUUUUUUGUUUUGUUUUUUUAUCCCUUCUCUUGCACAUUUGCAGCACCGGAUGAAAUUCUUUCCCUCACCCUUCCUCCUUGUUGCAUCAUCACGGGAUUGAGACUCUCAUUAUCAAAAGAUCAGGGGGGGAGGGGAGCGUAAUGUAAGAGAUCUUAGUAUCUCAAGCGCGUGUAUAGUUACUAGUCUGGGUUUUGGAUAAGAUGGCGUACAUGUUUUUCUUUUUUUCUUUUUUUUUCCAUUCUUUUUUUCCUUUUUCUUUUUUUUCUUUUUUUUUUUUAUGCAAGGCAUUGCAUGCUUGCAGAAACAAAUGAAAACAAAAAUCUGGUUUCCAUCAGCAUAUUUGCACAUAAACUUGUUAGAAAAAUCGAGCACAAAAUCUGAAACGUGCAUAGCUGGUACCCUUAGUUAAAACAACAUGCCUUGAUUGCAAACCGAAACUACCAAUAAAAUGCAACAGUGCAGUGCUUUUAUUUGAAAUAAAGAUGAGCAGAGCGGAUCGUGCGGAGGAGUAGAAAAUAGAAAUGGAAUAUUCUGUGGUCAACGUGUAUUUUAAGAGUGUGAAUUGGGGAGCAGCUUUCUAUAGAUGGUUGUGUAAAGAUGAGUGUACAUUCAUGAUAUAUGCCUUUCAACUGCUUUCUUGCUUCCUUUGGCAGCGUGUGUUGUUUUAGCAGGCGUUUAGGAUGAAUAUGAAAAAAGAGCAGCAUCUUAUGCACUUGGGAAAGUUAUCUUCUCAUCUAAAAAUGCCGCUCCAUAAAUGGUGCUGAGUGUAUCUGCACUGUUUAAAUUUGUGCAGAGAAUAGUGGUUGAUGACCCAGCAACCGAUAAAACUCUUUUAAUUGAAGGUGAGUAAUUCAAGCAAUCCCUCAGACCCUAAUUACAACCUGACACCAUAUACCUUGUCUGAUAGAGCAGUGUGGCAAGUACUGAGUAAAACAUGCUUGCAUAUCACACUGAAGAAAUUGGGCAUUUUACCUCUAAUUGCAUAGGAAGGAAAGGGGCAAGGAGUCAACCUGGCCCAUGGCGCAUAGUAGAUGUCACAGGUGGAUGAAGCUAAGGAGUGUGUUAUACUUAAAUCUCUCUGUGCAGCAGCAUUUCCCUCUAAGGUCUAUGAACAGAAAAUGCUGUUUUAGCUCCACUGACCACUCUCCUCCUGUUAACACUUCACAACUAGCUCAGUCUACCUUGCCCUGAGUGACCCUCAUGGAUUUGGAUGCGAAAACCAGUGUUGAAUUAUUAAUGCAGGUUAUAUCUUGUAUUUGUAAUAUGUUCCUUGUUAAUGCUCAUGUUAUAAUUUGUUGUCCUGAUCAUCCUUUUCACUGACUGUGCGUCUUGGUUCAGUGGCUGUGCUUCUUGUGUAAUGCGGUUGAGAUGAAGUGCAGUGAGCUGUGAGAAAAGAAAAAAAAAAAAAAGCAGACUUAACACUGGAAGUAAAUUCACAGACUGAGCCUAAAAAAAAAACCACAUUUUGCCCAACUAAAAACUGGUCACCUACAUAACAAAAGUAGCACUUAUACAAGAAACUAGUAGAUUUUCAUUGAGCAAAAAAAACAAGUGACGUGUUCUGAAUACCAGUUUAUGGAUCUCUAUCGUAUUACAAUUGAGUUAUCAUGAAGAUUGGUUCUCAUUAAGGACAUGGUUGAGUUCCUGUUUGCUAGCGUGUGCUAUAUUGCAGGAAAGUAACAUAUGAAUAUAAAAGGCAACUGAUUGGUCCGAAUUGCUAAAUCUAAAUGCAGGUUGUGCUUGACAAUAACCUUUCUGCUUUGUGAAUGGCCGUGUGUGUGUCUCUUUUGAAAGCUCAAUAUAAGAUUGUGGCUGUCUUGUCUAUGUAUUAUGAAGGUUUUGAGGUGGUAAAAGGUGCAUGGCAGGGUAAUGUGUUGUAUGUCCAUUACCGCAGUUUUCAUUUGACUGAUAAAAUAAGAGAAAAAAACAUGCUCAAUUGGUUUAAUCCGGCCACAAGAUUUAAUGCCAAAACUGUCAAUCAUCCACAUUUAAAGUAAGUGGGAGAUGAGACAAACAUGAAGAUGGAAAAAGGUAUCUUGUUUUCCACAUCAUUGCUAUAAGAUAUGUGAGGGAUAUUCUGCCUGGUGCAUGUAGCUGGAACAGUGCAUGUGGUUUGAUCCCCACCAAAUAACCCCCCAUUUUUGGGACUCUGUUUAUUUGAUGGCCUCAAACCUCCCCUGAAAGAUGCUGAAACCACAGCCUUGGGUGAAGGUAUAAACGCUGCUUUCAUGCAGAUUUGCUUUGGGUUUAUUUGGAAUCUGUGUACAUAAGUUUUUGGCCUCUUAUUCGUAAAGAAAAAAAAAAUAAACUGUACAGCAAAUGAUUGAUUAUUCUAAUGAUUCUUCUAACUAUGUCCUUUAGUAUGCAUGGUGCUUGUGUGUGUGUAUGUGGGUAAUGUUGUUGAUUCUCCAAGUAAACCUGGGAAAAACACAACUCCCUUGGAGCUAAGGCGCACACAUUCAUGGGAAAUAAAAGUGCCAUCCUAUGGUUAUGUAGUAUACUUUCUGUAUGUUUGUAGGUCCAAUGAUUGCAAAGUGCUUCAGAUAGAGAUGAAGUACCAGCUAUUGCAUGUGUGAUAUGUAUACAGAUGUUUAAGAAAAUGGGUACAGGUGUCUGUCACUAUCCAAUAAAACGUACAAACUAAAUUCCAGUACCAGUGGGGCCUUUUUGAACUAGACACAGGCCACUUAUGUUUUAUACAAUAGCCGCUCAAGUGUGCAAUUACAAACAAAAGUGGGUAUUUUAAAAUUACAAGAAAUGUAUUCUCUUCCUGAAAAUGUGUAUUCCCCCGGAUGUUUAUGUUAGUGGCAUUCUGAAGAGCUUCAUAAAAUGGACUAUUAUUCAUUGACACCAAUGGAAGGGACUCAAACCUAGUGGUAAUGAACAGGAAAAAACUAUUUUAUAUCUAUGUGUAUAUGUUAUGUAUGCUGUGAUUUAACAUACAUACAUACAUUCAUUCAUUCAUAAGAGUUUUAUGCUAAAAUUCCAAAUUGAGACACUGAAACAGAGUCAAAUAUACUCUAACAUAGCUGUGAGAAUCGGUGCUGCAAGUCAAUGGCAGCUAACAUUGGCCAUUUCCCAGGGAGGUGCACAGUUCAGUGAAAGACCGAUAUCCCCCUGCCAUUAGCAGUUGCUGUUCUGACUCCAGAGAGCUGAAAAACGUAAAGCCUGUGGUCGUUUUGGGGGUUUCAUUUUACAUAGUUACAUAGCGGAAACAUUUAGGUUAACAGGAUAUCGCUGGAUAAAGGGCCUCCUGCCUUUUUCUAAUAUAAUGUCUAUGAAGUAAGAAUAUCUUCCUCACAAAUAAUGGGAUUCAGGGAUAUAAGUUAAAGGGAAACAUGUAUUUCUAACAUUAGUUUCUUCCGAGCAAUUUAGAUUUCGCAGUGACCUCCCCCACCCAUAGAAGGUAAAUAAAGAAGUUGAUCCCACGCUAUGCCAGUCUUGCUGCUGCCGAUGGUCGGUCUCUGAGAUCAUCGUCACUGCAAUGAGUCAGUCCAAUGCUUCUUUAGAUAGAGGCAUUGGGGGUACUAGUGCACAUGCACCACAAGCACUGCGACAGUUAUCGCCUCAUAAAGUACAUCAAUGCUUCAUGUGGAACAUUCGGCAUCUUCAUGCAGAGCAUAAGGAUGUCAAAUGUCAGUCCUGCAAAUAUUUCAGGACUGUGAUGGGGAAACACCUCUCGUGGCUCUCUGACAGCAACUAGGGGCAGUUUUCUUAGAGAAAUAUGUGAACAUGGAGCAUUUACAAGUCAGAGACUGCAGGGAAAUAACACUUCUGCUAAAUCAACUGCAUUAAACGGUCCCUUUGACUUGAGACUAAAUUAUGUAUUGUUAGGCUUGACUUUUAACAAUCAGCCAGUUAUCCCCACCUGGAAACUACGGCGUCCUGUGUAAUAAAUCAUCCAAAGAGGCUUCUCUGCUACAUUAUAACUACAUUAAAAAUUACUAGAAUAUUAAGUAUAUAUGCCCUAUUUAUUCCUCUUUCACAAUUUAUUUGUAAUGUGGACAUAUGGUAUAUGUUAAUUAUUCCGUUCCACCCAUGUGGACUGGCGAGAGAGGGGCAAGUUUGUAGUGCACGUUGCAAAUCUAUUGUGAUUUGUCCAGAAUGAACUUUGACGGAUUUAAACAUUUUUAACUCAAAGGAUCUUUUUUUUUGUUUGUUUAUUGCGCAAUAGAUUGUUUUUGUCAUUAAUGGGGGAAAAAUUACCUCACUGUAGAGUGUUUUCUAAACAUUGUUCCUUUAGUAUUUUUGCUGGGUAAUCCAUUAUUUAGCAAUCUGUUUAUCCAUUAUUUAGCAUACUCUAUGGCAGUGGUUCCCAGUCUUAUUUGAACAAAGGCACACCUACUUUUUCAUUUUAACUUCACCAACAGCUUAUAAAUAUCACAUUUAUUUAAAGCCUUGCUAGACAUAUAUUGCAAAAAAAAAAAAAAUCUUUUAUUUGAAACAUGGGAAGCAUAAAUAUCACGUAAAUGUAUGUUUAAACAAGAAUUAUGUGUAUAGAUUGCUGUUCUGAUAGACAUAAAAAUUAUUUCCACAAUUGUUUUCAAUGUAUUCAUCCUUGAUAGAAAUAUUGGGGAACAGAAGAGCUAUAGACUGUAUUUUUGCUUACGGUAUUACGCCUUGGAUAUGAAAUAGUAUUAAAAACAAG